UUGUGUGCUCUGUCUGGCGGAGGCGGUGGGGCUUUUAGUUUUUAACGAAACUUUUUUCUUUGGCUUUUAUCCUAUCAUUCAUUUAUUCAUUCAGACGAUGAUCAUGAGAACAAUACAGUAGACCGUGUGGAGGAGAUUCAUAAUCAAGUUCGUUCCUUUUUUCGAAUUUUCUUUUUUUUUGUUUGUCAACUUUAGGGUUUAGGGUUGUUGUUGUGCAUUAAGUUAAGUUUAUGGGUAGCUUGAUGGAGAAGGCAAUGAGUCAGUUACGGCUAGUUGAUUUAAGCAAGCAGAACUUCAAGCGAACCCUAGAUUCUCUCCAAGAUAACGCUAACUCCCUUAUCCACCUCUCGAUUCAAUGGAAAGAAAUCGAGGGCUUUUUCGAUUCCACCAAAACCGCUCUCGAGGAGCGAGCCAAGGAGCUCCAAGCAAUGGAGGAGUCUGUAAAGGUCCGAGGUUUGGAGCUCGAAGCGAAGGAGGAGUCUGCAAAGGUCCGAGCUUUGGAGCUCGAAGCGAAGGAGGAGUCUGUAAAGGCCCAAGCUUUGGAGCUGGAAGCGAAGGAGGAGUCUGUAAAGGCCCGAGCUUUGGAGCUGGAAGCGAAGGAGGAGUCUGUAAAGGUCAGAGCUUUGGAGUUGGAAGCGAAGGAGGAGUCUGUAAAGGUCCGAGGUUUGGAGCUCGAAGCGAAGGAGGAGUCUGUAAAGGUCCGUGCUUUGGAGCUCGAAGCAGUGGAGGAGUCUGUAAAGGUCCGAGCUUUGGAGCUGGAAGCAAAGGAGAAGGAGAUUGAAGCGAAAGUUCGUGAUUUGGAGAAGAAGAAGGAGGAAGCUUUGGGUUUGGAAGCGAUGGAGAAAAGGAGGGAAGAGUUUGAGGAGUUUACGAGGAGGAUCGAAUCGGUGGAGAAAGUUUCUGAUGAGAAGGUGAAGGAACUAGAUGAGAAAGCGAAAGAGCUUGAUUUGAAGGUUAAGGAGUUACAGAAGCAACAGAGAGAAGGUGUUGCAGUGAGAGGUGAGUUUGAGCAAGCAAAAGAGCUUGAAUUGAAGGUUAAGGAGUUACAGCAGCAACAGAGAGAAGGUGUUACAGUGAGGGAUGAGUUUGAGCCACUAGUUUCAUUGCUGGCUAAGAAGAUAGGGUCAAGUGUUUCAACGCAUACAGACUGUUCGACGUUUCGCCUGAGUGCGGAUGAUUUGGUUAAGAGAAACGAAGGCUUGGCGAGAAUGAUUCAGUAUCUGGAGCCAGCAAAGCUUGUUUUGGAUGCUGUAGAGGGGUGUUUUAAGGAAGAUUUUGGAGAAGCUGGUGAUAGUGUUGUUAAUAGUUGCGUUGUUCUGUUAGAGAAACUGAUACUGAUGAAACUACGUAUCACACAAGAAGUGAGACAGGAAGCGACUCAACUUGGGUUUGACUGGAUGGUUAAGGUCAAAACCAAUCCUAACAAUGACUCGCUGGUUUUUGGUUGGUUGUUGUUUAUAGCUACUUACGGUUGGGCCUCUGGGACUACUCGCGAGAUGCUCUCAAAACUUUUGGAUCGCUUCCUUCUGUAUGAGCAGGCCCCGAGAUUGUUUCGGCGUCUGGGGUUAGAAGAUAAUGUUUCUGGUGUGAUUGAAACUCUAAAGAAGAAAAAUGAGCACCUCGCAGCGCUGAGAUUCAUCUGUGAAUUCCAUUCAUCUAACCUUUGUCAGGGGUGGCGACCAAGAUCAGUUUUGCACGAGUUCUUGCAAUCAUUAAGAAGAAUUGUCCGAGUAACUGAUGAGAGUUCAAACUUAUUGGAGGCGCAGAAAGCGAAGUGGGAGAAGAGAAAAGCUGAUGCAGCCAUGGCGCUUGACUGUAUCAGAGAGAAGAAAGCUGAGUCCAUAUUUAAUGCUAAUGCUCUGAAAGAUCUGGCUUUAAUGGCGAAGAAUGAUUCAGCCCCGAGAGCAGCGGAACCAGUUCACAAAAGUUGUGAACAAGGACAGAACGCGGCCAAUGCUGUUGAGAAAUCUAAAGCUGAUUCUGUCGUUCCUUGUGAACACAAGAAUGAAGCUAAACGUCAAAGAUUAACUGAACCUAUAACUCCUUUUCAGAAUUCAACAGUGAAGCAGCUUGAGGUUGUACCCGCUCCUUCCGGGGAGAAGAUUGAGGAACUAGUUGUAAAUCAUCAUCAGCCAGAUGCCAAGGCAACUGAGAUAAACAUUCUCUCUCGUUCAACUAACGCGGAAACGUUAAGGAAGCUAUUAGAAAAGCAACCUCCAGUGGAGAGUGAUCUCUCUAAUGCUAUCAAAUCCUCCCCGGAUCCAGCAAAGCUUGUUCUAGACACGUCCAUGGCUCUGUGUACUAAAAAUCCCGAAGGGGGCUACGACUUCAAUCUGCUGGUUACUUCAGAUAGAUGCCUCUUGUUGUUGGAUCAGCUGAAGAAUCUCCCGCUUCAAAUUCAAAUUGGACAUCCUGUGAAAGACGACGCAAAGAAACUUGCGGUUCACUGGAAAGAUAAGAUCUCAAAGAGUAAGACGGAUGAACUUGAAGUCGUUUGUUUCCUAAAGUUUCUAGGUAUCUUCGGAAUCGUGUCAGAGUUCAAAGCUAAUGACCUUCUAGCUCUACUAGACAGUUCUUACUGGCAAACUGUGUCUCCUGAUCUUUGCCAGUUUCUCGAGUUGGACAGCGCCAUUCCAGGUUUCAUUCAAAAUCUCAUAAGAACUGGGUAUCGCCUCAAGGCAGUCAACUACAUAUACUCAUUUGGCAUGGUCCAUAGAUUCCAACCUGUCUCCGCUAUUAUAAAAGAUUCCUUGAGGAUUACAAAGGAAUGUGCAGAGAAGUCAUAUAGAGACGCCAAUAACGAAUCUGCACCACAGGUUGCAGCCAUAGACAGGCAGAUCAAAUCGCUAAGAGCAGCCAUUAGAUGCAUAUCGUGCCACAAACUCGAAUCAGAGUUCCAACCCGGAGACCUAGAGGGACAAAUCAAGUCACUUUUUAAACGUAGAAGAAACCUAAUGGAUGGAUCAAACCCUGCUUCGGCAGUCAAACAAUCCCAGACGGCAUUGCCACCAAACUCAGCAGAGGUUGGUUCUGUCACCAGCAACACACCUUCUGAGCCUUCAACGGCAGCUGCUAUCUCCUCCGCGAACAAACCUGGCUCCACAAGUAACAAGAAGAGAGGACAAAAACGCAGCUUUUCUGAAAACAAACAGAGCUCAGUACACAUUGCUUAGCCCCCAAGAAAUCACUUCCAUGUGCAUGAAAGACAGUCUUAUCGUGUUGAUCAUUACAGCAGAGAUUUAUCCGGAGGAACUCCUAACACUGUCAACAAUCAGUGGUCACAACCAGAGGGGCCUCCCCAAGUUUUAUCAACAUUAAGAUCCUUUUUACCAGAACAAUUUCUAGUGUAUUAUACACCUUAUUUAGGGCAUACUUUGGUCUUUUUUAUAGGUGUGCUUGCCCUUUGCAAGACUAACAAGGUUGCAAACAAAUAUUUUAGUUUUUUUUUGAACUUGGUAUAAAUAUUUAGUAUUUUUGUUUA